AUGUGUACAUUAGAAAAGCGCGGCGACAUCUUCAUCCUAACAAUCACAGGGGACGAUGACCAUCGCCUUAAUCCCACCCUCAUAUCCUCCAUCCGUUCAUCUCUCUCCAACGUCAAGUCCCAGUGUACGGUUCCUGGCUCUGCCAUCAUCACCAUUGCCGAGGGAAAAUACUUUUCCAACGGGUUUGACCUCAACUGGGCCAAAACCGCUUCAAGUGAUGAUUCCCCUUCCAAAUCCAUUGAUCAUCUCCUUCACAUGGUCAAUCUCUUCAAACAGCUCGUAGCCGAUUUAGUCUCCUUUCCCAUGCCAACAAUUGCUGCCAUUACAGGCCAUGCAGCCGCAGCAGGGCUGAUCCUCGCAAUGAGCCAUGAUUAUGUCUUGAUGAGACGUGAUCGUGGUAUACUGUAUAUGCCAGAGAUUGACAUUGGUAUGACGUUGCCUGACUAUUUCAUUGCAAUGAUGAGAUCAAAGGUGGGAAAACCAGAAGCCCGGAGAGAUUUAUUGUUGCGAGGGGUGAAGGUGAAGGCGGACGAGGCCAAGACGAUGGGGUUGGUCGAUUCUGUGCAUGAGAGUGUCGUCGAGGCUGCUGUGUGUAUUGGAGCAGAAUUAGCGAAUAGGAAAUGGGAUGGUCAAGUAUACGCGGAGAUACGGAAAUCUUUGCAUCCAGAGUUAUGCAAUGUGCUAAAUUUGACUUCCAAGGACUAUAUAUGUUGCAAAGCCACGGUUGAAUAA